CCCUAAUAAAUUCCGCCAUUAUCCUCUACUUCUGCUUCUGCUUCUGCUUCCCACUUCAGACCACACGCACUAAUACGCGAGCGUAGAGAGAGAGAUGGGAAGCGAUAGCGAAGCAGAGAAGUCACAGAAGCAAGAGAAGGAGAGGAAGAAGGUCAUAGCUUUGGCUCCGAUCGCCAAGCCCCUUGCCGGGAAAAAGCUCUGCAAGAGGACUCUCAAGCUUGUCCGUAAAGCCGCCGAACAAAAAUGCGUGAAGAGGGGAGUUAAGGAAGUGGUCAAAAGUAUCAGGCGGGGCAAUAAAGGAUUAUGCGUUAUUGCCGGGAACAUAUCUCCUAUUGAUGUUAUUACUCAUGUACCAAUCUUAUGUGAAGAAUCAGAGAUCCCAUACAUAUACGUCCCCUCAAAAGAAGAUCUUGCGAAUGCAGGAGCCACCAAGAGACCAACAUGCUGUGUAUUGGUGCUAACCAAGCCUACAAAGGGACAACUUGGGCAGGAGGAGCAAGAAAAAUUAAAGGCAGACUACGACCAGGUUGUAUCAGACGUGUCCGAACUUACUUCCUCUCUUUUCUGAUGGAAAACAACUAAAUCCUUGCACCUCUUCAAAGCCACUUCAUUUAGGCUCCUUUCAUUCCCCAUGUUGGUUUGAUGUUCUCUGUCUUUACAAGUAACAAUAUGAACAAGUAUAUUAGUAAUAUCAUGUGAAGCUUUGACCUCCAAA